GACGGAAACAAAAACAAUGUUAAAUACUAAUAAAAUAUUUUGAAAAGUCAUGCUUUGUCGAUAGUGAUAUUAAGACAAUGCUCUAAUAUGCGACAAGGGGUUCCGAGUAUCAUCGAUAAAUCGUGCAAAGACCGCCUACAGCCUCUUGGGUAGUCUAACAGUGGAAUGUGAGCAAAUUGCUCUGGCUGAGAGCACAAAUUGUGCUCCACAACAGAGUGUACCAAAGUGCACGGGUUUGUUGGAAGGAUGUACUGGUAACACAUGGCUAGGAGGAUUUCACGUCUAUCUGCUUGAAAACACUACACAAGCCGCAGUGCUUGACCCAGUUUGUUGCUCAUCUCCUUCAGUCCAAAUUGAUGCGGGAUCUUGUAUAAAUGAUCAAUUAAAUACCGGAACUCGCGACUUUUCUCACUCCAUCGUCGCUGAUUUGGUGUACCGAGGAUGGCAAUGUUGGCAUCAAUACGACUUGAAACGAACUCUUGUGGAUCUUCUUUGGAAAACCGAGAUAUGCCCAUUUUCUUCCAUUGAUUUUCCAGUUAUCACGAGAAAAACCGAAUGUGAAGAAUGCUCAUGGGAAUGUGGAAUUGAGCAAUGCUCAAAUGGAGCAAGUCCGGUUCGAGUUAUCCACAAAAAGCUUCUUCUUCCAUGUGCAUGUGAUUGUACUUGUUCUUUUAAAUGUUUGUAA